AUGGCAGCUCACACUGGAGCAGCACUCCUCGCCAGCCUUCUUGCUCUUGCAACCAUUGUAAGCAGCAACACUGAAGGCAUCUCGGGCACCCUGAUCCCUGAGCUGGGAGGACUGAAGAACCUUCAGUACCUGGAGCUUUUUACGAACAACAUUAGUGGAUCCAUACCAACAACCCUCGGCAACCUGACAAGCCUGGUCACCCUUGAUCUCUACGACAACCUUCUCACCAGCGCUAUACCGGCCUCGCUCGCCAACAUCAGGACACUGCGUUUUCUGAGGCUGUAUCGGAAUAAACUGUUAGGAGGUAUACCCGCACGGCUGUGCCGUCUGACGAAGCUUGUGAAGUUGAAUCUUGAGGAUAACAUGCUGACUGGCACGGUGCCGCUGGAGGUCCUCUCUCUUCUUCUCGUCGGGGACUUGGCUGAACUGGUCUGGUGCUUUGUGCUCACGAGAAUUUUCCUAUUAGCAUUAUUUGCAGUGGCUGUGGUCAUCCAGUACGCGCUCAAGACUACAGGCUGA